CCUGAAAUUAAAGAGCAAUUUACUGGUUGCUUUGAUUUUAAUUUUGUGGAGGCUUUGGGGGGUUUUUUCCGAUCGGAAAUGGCUUCAGUGUCGUCUUCUUCUUCUUCUUCCGCCGCCGUCGUCACUGACAGAAGAGGAAUUCCGGCGGCUCAGUUUGUGGAGGACGUUCGUACCUAUCUCUCUCAAUUAGAACUCGAUGUUCAAUCCGCCCUUGCUUUUCUCCAAGAGCGACUUCAGCAGUACAAGUUAGUUGAGAUGAAGCUCCUUGCUCAACAAAGGGACCUGCAGGCAAAGAUUCCAGACAUAAAGAAGUGUUUGGAUAUAGUUGCUACUUUACAAGCAAAGAAGGAUGCAGCCACUGGUGAGCCACUUGUAGCAGAUUUUGAGAUCUCUGAAGGCAUAUAUUCCCGGGCUCGUAUCGAGGAAACUGACUCAGUUUGUCUGUGGCUUGGUGCAAAUGUCAUGCUGGAUUAUUCAUGUGAAGAGGCCACAGCCCUCCUACAGAAGAAUCUAGAUAAUGCUAAAGCAAGCUUAGAAGUUCUUGUUGCCGAUCUACAGUUUCUGAGGGACCAGGUGACAAUAACUCAGGUGACGAUAGCCCGGGUUUACAACUGGGACGUUCAUCAGCGUCGAAUUCAGCUGGCUGGCGCCAGUGUAGAAGACUCAUAAGUUCUCUCACGACCCUCCGAAAUUUCAUUGUUGGCAAAGAAUCCAUUUCCUGAUUGCCAGUCCCAUCCUGAUCCAUACCUUUUGAAUUUAGGCCAUUCAAAAUUUCCUUUUGUUGUCAUUGUCAAAAAAAAAAAAAAAAAGAAANAACCUUUUCAUUUGAGGGCUCUGAUCUCACCUACACUUUCAGGCAUACUCCCCAUAACAAAAAAAGCAAAACCAUCGUAGAAGAAAAGUAAUGCCUAUAUCUAGGAUGAGGUUUGUUAUAUAUUAGGAUGCUUUUUGUGCCUUGCUUGUUCUGUUACAUUUGUUAGAUUCUGCUGCUGUAGUUUUUGGGAUGACGGGCGUCUCGGGUGCGGAUGCGUUACUCGGUUUAGUGACUUCAUAACUUUCUGAUUUCGAGUAGUUCGUAAUUGUGAUGUGGGUAAGAAGACUUGGGAGAAUGAGUCUCAAAUAUGUUUCUAUUAGGUUCUUGUUUUAAAAACUAGGAAAAGUUGUAUUUCUGGUUGUGUUACAAUUUUACUGUGCUACAAUUAUAAUAGUUUUGUGUUUAUUUUUAAA